AUGCACAUCCAGCCCAAGUUCGCGCCGCUCCCGCCGCUGCCCGACAUCAACGUCCACAGUUAUCUGUUUGACAAGGAUUUGCCCGAGUACACUGCGCAGAUCGAUUCUGUGACCGGGCAUAGACGGACGCUGCGACAGUUCCUCGACAGGGCCAGGGAUGGAGCAGCCGCGCUGUCCGCCCCCUCAGCGCAAGGCGGCGCCGGCCUCCGCGCCGGAGACGAGAUGGUCGGCAUCCUGAGCCAUAACUGCCUGGACUACGUUGCGUUGAUACACUCUCUGCUCGUCUUAACAACGCCGUUCGCUCUCCUGAGCUUUUACUCUACCGCGUACGAGCUCACGCAUGCUCUCCGGCUGUCCAAAGCGACGUGCCUUUUUGUGGCACCCGACCUGGUGUCCCUAGCUCAGCGGUGCGCGAAAGAAGUCGGGCUUCCUCAAGAUAAAAUAUAUAUCUUGGAGGGCCACGCCAAAGGCAAGCGAUCGUACCAUGACCUCGUGGUGACUGCUAGAAAGCGAAAGAUACCACGACCAAGUAUAAGGCCUGCCGUCAAGGAUACCCUUGCGUACCUGGUCUUCUCUAGCGGAACGACCGGCUUACCCAAAGCUGUGAUGAUCACGCACGGAAACCUCGUGUGCGCGCUCGCCCAAUACCAAGCGGUCGCCGAGGCCGUAUUCGCCGUCUAUCCGCCGCCGACGUACGCCACGCCCGAGGGCAUCCCCGUCAGCCUCGCGUUCCUCCCGUUCUACCACACCUUCGGCCUGCACAUGUUCAACUUCCGCUGCUUCCUCGCGCCGACGACGUGCGUCGUCGUGCCCAAGUGGAACGCCGAGCACGUGCUGCGCAUCAUACCCAAGUACAAGAUCACCUUUAUUUCCCUCGUCCCAUCGGUCGUCCAGCCGUUCCUCGACGCACAGAAGAGGCUGAAGAGCGACCUGAGCUCGCUCGUGUCCUUCGGGAGCGGCGCGGCGUACUUACCACCGAGACUAGCGGAAGAGCUCGCGCGCAUCGGACCGAACACGACGGGCGUCGCCGAAGGGUACGGCAUGUCAGAAACGGUAAGAUCUUCCAGUGUCCGCCCGGCUCUCCCCGGCGGCCUGUUCAGGCCGCGCGUGGGCUCCGCGGGGAUCCUCCUGCCCGGCAUGGAGGCGCUCGUCCUGCGCGACGACGGCACGCACGCGGGCGUCGGCGAGCCGGGCGAGCUGCUGCUGAAGGGCGAGAACAUCGUCAGGGGGUACUGGCAGAACGAGAAGGCGACGAGGGAGGCGUUCGUCGAGGGCGGCUGGAUGAGGACGGGCGACCGGUUCAGCGUGGACCAGGACGGGAUGUUCUUCUUCGAAGACAGGGCAAAGGACAUCCUCAAGGUCUCUGGGAUGCAGGUGUCCCCCACAGAGAUCGAGUCAGUCUUGAUGGCGCAGCCGGACAAACUGAUCAAGGACGCAGCCGUGGCGGGCGUGAGCGGGGGGCGGACGUCUGACGAGAAAGUGCCGAGGGCAUGGGUCGUCCUGAGCUCAGCCGGGCGGAAGCGGAGCAAGGCAGACGUGGUGCGCGCGCUGGACGACUGGACGAAGGAGCACCUGAGCAAGUAUAAAUGGCUGCGGGGAGGGAUCCAAAUAGUAGACGCGAUUCCGAAGUCGCCGACGGGCAAGGUGCUCAGAAGGCAGCUGCAAGACGAAUACGAGAAGAGGGCGAAAGCAAAAGCCAAGUUAUAA